UCAUGAAUGAAUCGUAUGUGAAUGGCUUUUCAAACGAGUAAUAACGUUUCCGUAAGAACAUAUUUUACACACAGUUAAAUCGUAACGAAGCGUUAUAACGAUGAUUGUGUUUCACAUUGAACGAUACAAUAAUAAAUGAGUUAUUGUCAAAGGCGUGCAAUGAUGACCAAUGAUAACGACAUUGACAGUUGGAAGACGGGGUUCGAGUCUAAUGAAUUCGUGCGAAAGAGGUUUGGUCUCGUCGAUCAGGUCGAUUCCGGCGAAGAUGUGACUUUAACGCGAGUGAAAAACUCUAAUUCUGGUCCCGAGAUCCGUUACAUCAACCCUGCCAUUUAUACAGAAUCCAUCAGCAAAGAAGGGCCUGAGAGCGAUCAUGAAGGAUAUUGUAACGGAAACUCGAUCGAUGCAAAUCAUUGCGAUUUUAAUACUUCGACAAUCGAUCUAUCCAUCGUCACGAAGGAUACAACGAGCGCUGAUCAUAUAAAUGAACACCUGGGACAAAGCACCUACAGAUGUUACUCGACAUCCUUUCUAGAUGCUACAUUGCCUCAUCCCGAACCAUCCACUGCUCGGUCCACGAUUUCUUCCGGUAAUAAUGCACGAGUGGAGCGACGAUGCAAGAUUGACGGUGUCUUCGUUGAUCAAAAUAAGGCGAACAUUGAUCAGAAUGAAACGAUGAAACGUAACAAGUACGAUGCUCUGGAUGGUCGCCAGGUCGUACGAAUUUCCACGACGUCGCUCUCGGUCGAAUCAAGUAGUGUCAGCGAUCAUCAGAUGUCAAACCGGUCUGACUUUGGCAGAAGGAUCGCUCAUUCAGACUGGAUGCGCAAAAAACACGAGGCCGCGCAGCGGACGAGGGAGAAAGAGGAACGCGCCGCGAAGAAACGACAGGAGGAGGAAGAGAGGGAGGCGCAAAAAAAGGAAGAGAGGGCGCGGCUGGAAAAGGAGAACUUUCUCAAGUGGGUUGAGAGGAAAAGGCAGCAGGAACUCGACAGAAGAGCGAUGCUCGAGAACGAGUUGGAGUUGCAGAGGCGUUUGAAGGAGAUCGAGGAUAAUCUUGCCGGCGCGAAGACCACGUAUCUCCAUCGGUGGUUUCACAGAAAGAAGGAGGAGCAGAAGGCUCAGCGUAAGGAACAGGAGACGAGGCAGAAGAAGAUGGAUGAGGAGCGCGAGAAGAGGCUGGAGCAAAGCACGAAAGCGUACGAGAAGUGGCGAGAGAAUUCUAGGAACAAACCUAAACCUGCCACGCAAGGAUUACUUCCUCAUCAGAAAGCAAAGCCAGCAUACGUAAAUCCAAUUCCUUGGCAAUCGAUCGCGGAGAUCGAUUCUGAUGAAGCACAAGAGAACACGCUUCACGAGAAAAAAAAGAAUAUAAAUCAGUUGAAAAUAAGCGAUGGAAAAACAAUCGCGGCGCAUCAAUGAUUACG